UGUAGGCUGACUGAAAGCACGAGACUUCUCACGUUAUUUGCACACUUUUGUUGAAUAAUUUCGUUACUGUGCCAGGAACGGUUUCAGCCCAGCCGAAGAAUUACUAUGAGGCGCAUGCGGGUGUCGGAGGAAGAGAUUACUGGGUGCACUUCCACUCAUGGUUAACCCAGAACGGCCUCGUUUACUGGAAGUAUGCAUAUAUGACAGCUUUGCUGCUGGAGACUGUCGCGUCUUGAACGUCUUGCUUUUAUUCUCCUUUGUCAUCUUAGUGAGCUUAACGUGAUUUUCCCUACUCUGAUAUAAAAAGACCUUUAUUUAAAAAAUGCGAUGCAGAAGUGAUUUUGAAGAUGGAUCCAAUCAUUUCUAAUUUAAAGAUGGAAUCUAAUAAAACAGAUGACUCCAGUUCCAGUACCACCCAUCUGUAUUCCCAGCCACUCUUGCAGCAGCACUUGGGCCAGGAUAAUGGCAUUCCUACUGUCCAUUGAAACAAUACAUGGACUACAGUAUUUAUCAACCCAUCUCAUACAACCAAAUGGACUCUCCACUGGGUCAUCAGACUAAUAGAACGUCCCCAGUUCAACUUGAAGCACGCACCCAGAUGUGGCUGACUGAGCACAUGGAGCACAGGCUCAAAGGAAAGUGUGGAGGUGAACUUGGUCAUAACAGUGAUACUGGAACAGAGGGCUGCGGUGGAGAUGAGCAGUCACUAUGGCAACAGCGACAUCAAUGUGAUCCAGGGCUUAAACAGAUGCUGAGAGGGACCUCCCUGCCUGUCAACAAUCUGGUUAAGGUAAAAGAGGAUCUACUGAGACAAAGAGAGCAACAGAUAAAUAGACAAAAGCUACAGAUCUUGCUACUACAUGCGCGGAUCAGAGAUAAUGAACAGAAAAUACAUCAGGUCUUAAAGAGCCAGAGAAGGUUGUUUGAUGACUCUCACACCCGAAACAUCCAGGACUCAACAAUGAGAACUUCACGCAAGCAGCCACCUGAUCAGUUGUCCUGUGAUGAAGAACUUGUUAAGAAAUUAGCUGUGGCUGAACUUGACACAAUCCAUUUCAGCAAAGUCUUCAAGCAAAUUACUCAGAAAUAUUCAGAGGAUAUCAGAAAACUGGAGGAAAGGAUAAAAACGAGGGAUCGCUACAUCUGUAGUCUAAAAAAGAAGUUUCAGCGAGAGAACAACCAAAACCAAGAAAACCAGCAACGCAUAGAGACACUGGAGAAAUACCUUUCUGACCUGCCAACAUUAGAUGAAGUACAGGUCCAGGCCAACAGGCAGGAGGAGGCACAGCAGAAAUGCAAGAAACUGGAGAAAAUAGUGUCUCACCUAAAAAAGAGCCUAGAGGAAGGAUGUACUUUGAUGAAGGACAAAGACAUCGAGAUGAAGAUGCAGGCAAAGAGAGAGAAAGAAUUGAUUGCAUCUGUACAUAGUCUACAGCAAAAGGUGCAGCAGUGUUUGGAUGAUGGAGUGAGGCUACCUAUGCAAGACUUGAAGCGGCUUGAAGUGGAAAACCAUCAGCUUAUUAAGCAGCAAGAUCACAGCAGCAAGCUGUUUAAGCAUCAACGAGAACAGAUUGAGAGACUGACCUCACAACUCAUGUCUACCAGCACAACACUGCAGAAGAAAAGAGGCCUUUCUCGUCAGCAAUAUUCUUACCUUCCAGAAAAGGGAAAAAGCCUGAAUACACCCAGUACAGCCUUCCUUCAGCAGGUGAUGGAUGAAGGGUUGCUGGUGUCUUCUUUAGCCCAUGUGGAAAUUCCAGAAGUGGACCAGCUGCUGAAAGAGAUGUCCCUUUGUCUACUGGACCUCCAGGGUCUCUGCAGCAUCUUGGCUCAGAGAGCGCAGGGGAAAGAGCCCAACCUGUCUUUGCUUCUAGGAAUGACAUCGCUGACCUUUUCAGCAGAGGACAGUGACUGCAAAGUGGUGGCAGUGGAAGACAAGUUAAGGUUAAAGCUACUGGAAGUUGGCCAGCUGAGGAAAGACAUCGAUGCGCUGAGGAAAAGCAUCUCAGACUGCUACGAUCAGUUUAUGGGUGACUGCAUUUCUCAGUGACUUCCUUUCACAUUCUGUACUUCGCAGAGAAAGAAUGCAAAAUGAUACUUGUAUGAUUGCUGUGUAGUAACUGACAUCUCCCUUUGGAGCUGAGUGGACAGCACGCUCACAUAUAUAUGGGACAACCCCAAACUUCCUGUCAAAAAGUAUCCAGGUGGAGCAUGUUAAUGAACAAGGACAAUGUUUGUUAAUGUUUUCCUAAACUGUUUAAUAAGCUUUUAAAAAAUCAGUUUUGAGGAUCCGCUAAUUUGGAAAAACAGCUGCUUGGAAAGACACUGGGAUCCCAAAGGCCCAUCUGUAUAGUUUCUCCAGCAGUCAGCUAAUCGUGUUGCUGCUGCUGGAUGCAACUUGUAUUUUAAUACAUGGCAGGAGCUCUCUGAUGUCAGGUCAAUAAAGAGAGAUCGUACGAAGGAACUGAAUGUAAUUGAGUUAUUAUAAACAUGUGUUAAAGAGAGUAUAUACAAAUAUAAAGCAAGCUGCACACUGAGAUAAAGUAAGGGGACAAUAUUUAAGUAAGUAUAUAACAGUAAUUCUUGUAUUGCACUUAAAGUAUGAAAAGAAUAUUAUUGUCCCCCUGAAAGCACUGAGUAGGUGAUCGGUUCCAUUUGUUUGUCUGUUUGUUAGCAGUCUAGCAUCUGAUGAUAGACACCAACAGCUCGAGCUGAUUGAAAGCAAGAACAAAAAGGUGACAUCAAAUGUCCAAAUCAGUAAAACUUUAUGUCACUCACAAUUUUUAAAGAUUGUUUUCAAACUUCACAACAACAUACGAGGCCUUUGGGGACAUGAGUACCUAAGCUGGCUAAGCAUUUGACCUUGAUCUUCAUUUACGGUCAAAGUUGACCCUAAAGAAACAAAUGAGACCGUAUGAGCAGUAUAUGGUAUAUAUGAGGAGAGAACUGUACAACACACCUCCUAUUUUUUUUUUUUUCAGUACAAUGGCUUACAACAUCACAACGAUUCCAUAAUAGGUCUACAUCAUUAUAAUGUAAUAAAAACAUCAUGAAACAGAUUUAGUACGUGCUCUCUGAGUGAUCUUGUUGAAAUAUAUACUGCACUUGUGAAUAAGGCAGAUUAUGGCAGGAAAGACGCAAAU